GGGGAGUGGAGGGAAAGGAAGGGAGGCGGGAGGGGAAGGCGAGCGGAUCGAGGCGUGCGCCGAGAGCCAGGGAGCGGCUGGAGCGCGAGGGCUUGAGAAGCAUUGCUAGAGAAUGUGUGGUCGAACAUCCUGCCACUUACCUGUAGAGACUGUCAGGAGAGCAUGUAGUUACAUUGACAGCUAUGGACAGGAACAGCUGCCAGAUUGGAAGGAUGAAGAUAAGUACUUCCCCUCCUACAACAAAAGUCCCCAGUCCAACAGCCCAGUGCUCUUGUCUCGAUUACAUUUUGAAAAGGAUGCUGACCCUUGUGAUCGGGUAAUUGCCGCAAUGCGCUGGGGCUUGAUUCCGUCUUGGUUCAGAGAGGCUGAUGCUUCAAAGAUGCAGUUCAGCACUAGCAACUGUCGAAGUGAAACCAUGAUGGAGAGACGGUCAUACAAGGUGCCUCUGGAAAAGGGCAGGCGAUGUGUGGUGCUGGCAGAUGGGUUUUUUGAGUGGCAGCAGUUUCGGGGAGAAAAGCAGCCUUAUUUCAUCUACUUCCCCCAAAUCAAGACAGAACAGUCAUUCUUCAGCCGUUCAGUGGAUGAGGAAGUCUGGGAUGACUGGAGGCUGCUAACAAUGGCUGGAAUCUUUGACUGCUGGCAGCCACCAAAUGGAGGCGAGCCGCUGUACUCUUACACUGUCAUCACAGUGGACUCCUGCAAAGCCUUAAGUGACAUUCAUCACAGGAUGCCUGCUUUACUGGAUGGUGAGGAAGCAAUUGCUAAAUGGCUGGAUUUUGGUGAGGUCCCAAUUUAUGAAGCUCUGAAGGUUAUUCGUCCUGUAGACAACAUUACAUUCCAUCCAGUUUCUACUAUUGUGAACAACUCCUUGAACAAUACACCCCAGUGUCUUGAACCUGUUGAGAUCGAAGAGAUGCCCUACAUUAUUCCAAGCCGACGGAAGAUGACACCAAAAUCCCCCUCAAAGGAAGACCCUGACCCUCCCAAGAGGUCCAGGUAUUUUGCACUGAAGAGCUCUUCUUCCCAGAGAGCCAGUGCAGAGUUAAUGGAACGGUGGCUGAAAAAGCACGAGACCCGCCAUAACAGGAGACCCAAGUUUUAGUCAGAUAAAUGUCUGGAGCCUCUCUCUGUUGACACCUAAGGGUGGCCAAGAUAUCCUCUUUUAGCUCCCCUGAUUCCUAACUCUUCCCCAUCAAGGUGUCUCUUCCAGGGGUUCCCAGUUUGCAGCUUUUGUUCCCACCUCUUCUCCCCCUAUAGUCCAGGUGCUAAAAAUGGCCAUACUGGGCUAGGAGGAGCUUUUCUUUCUCUGAUUGGUAUUCUUUCCCCCACAACUGCAACUUACUAUGUGUAUGUUAUUAUUUUUUUUUUUAUUUACAAAGUCAGGGUAGGAAAAAGACUAUUGAACCAAAUUUAGCUCUUGAAUUGUCUUAAAUUUUGUUAUACUGAAUGCCUAAUGUCUCUCUAAUAAGGCUAUCGUACUUGAAAUUUUCCCCCGUUUUUCAUUCUUUGGGUUUCGUGUUCAGCUAUCUUCUUCAAGUUGUUUAUGUGAAUUUGACAAAGUGAGUGGCACAAUGAGGUCAUGGAUUGCAGGCUAUCACAGUUGUGCAGCCGGUGGUGGGAGGAGCCCAGUUUGGGUUUUAUAUAAAAAUCUGUAUCUCAGGAACGUGCAGUGAUCUUUGCCAGGUGUGGCCUGGUAGAAUUAAAGGACCAGAACCUUUGUGUUUGUCUCUGAGGCUUUAAGAUGUCAUCUCUGGGCUCAGCAGGCUCAGAGAAACUGUCUGCUCCUUCAGUAGGGCAGAGUUCAAGGGCGAAGAGUAAUUCCCAAAGAGCCAGGUUCACAGAAGAGGGGCAUAGCUUAUGACCUCUCCUGAGACUAGGGUUACCUAGGGUUAGGACCUAUUAUGGAGGUCCAAAAUUAGUUCAUCCAGCUUUUUGUGAUGUUUCUUUGACCUUUGGAGUAUUGUGGUUUGGUCUUUUGAUGAUGGAUUUUUCUGGGUUUGAGUGUGACAUUGGAAGGGGAGCUGUGAAGGAGGUUGGGGUGACAUUAGUUUUCCUGUCGGUGGGGUCCCGCUCAGCUUCCCAAUGACAGAAUACGUCGAAAGGGCUGAGGAAUCACGCUGGCUGGGAAGUGCUGUUUGGUUUCUGUAUGGAAAUCAUCGAUUUGGAAAUAAUAAAAAGAAACUCUCAGUG